AUGGUCACUCUGAUUGGGCUGCUCAAAACCGCGCGCCUUUUGCGUUUGGUUCGGGUAGUACGCAAAUUGGAUCGCUAUUCGGAAUACGGCGCCGCUGUUCUUCUCUUGCUGAUGGCCACUUUCGUCCUCAUCGCUCACUGGCUCGCAUGCAUUUGGUACGCUGUGGGCCACAUCGAACGCCAACAGUACCACGUGCGUAUCGGUUGGUUAGACCACUUGGCCACGCAACUUCAACAGCCGUAUCUCAACUUCUCAUCCACCGGCCCUACAACCCAGUCGAAAUACAUCACCGCGUUGUAUUUCACCUUCUCCAGUUUGACCUCUGUCGGAUUCGGUAAUGUGAGCCCAAACACUAAUCCGGAGAAGAUAUUCUCCAUCUGUGUCAUGUUGGUCGGAUCUCUUAUGUACGCCGGCAUUUUCGGCCACGUGAGCGCUAUCAUUCAACGACUGUAUAGUGGCACCGCUCGAUACCACGCGCAGAUGUUGCGUGUGAAAGAAUUCAUUCGAUUUCACCAAAUCCCCAACCCGUUGAAACGACGUUUGGAAGAAUUUUUCCAGCAUGCCUGGUCUUACACCAACGGGAUUGACAUGAAUCUGGUGUUACGCAGUUUCCCCGAAUGUUUACAAGCCGACAUUUGUCUGCACUUGAAUCGCAAUCUUCUGGAGACUUCCCCACCUUUCCAAGGCGCCAGCCAGGGUUGCUUGCGAUCUUUGGCUCUUAAGAUGAAGACCACUCAUGUGCCCCCGGGCGAUACCCUCGUGCACAAGGGAGACGUACUCUGUUUUGUCUGUUUCAUCGCUCGCGGCAGCAUUGAGAUACUCGUGGGCACCGAUAUCAUUGCUGUGCUCUGUCAAGGCGAUGUCUUCGGUGAGAGUCCAUUCGGUCCGAAUUUGAUGGGCCAAUCGAAAUUCUACGUGCGUGCACUUACCUAUUGUGACCUGCACAAAAUCCAGCAUGACGACCUUUUCGAGGUGUUGGAAAUGUAUCCAGAGUUCGCCAAGCAAUUCAGACAGAAACUGGAGAUCACAUUCGAUUUGCAAAAUCCCGUUUUCAUGGCGGAUACCGCUGACACGGAAAAGCCUCUCACUGGUCUCAUCUCUACAGACAGACUCAAUGAAGGUCGUGAGAUGUGUGCAAAAUGCACUAGUUUUCGUUUUCUUUCUUUAUCUGAGUGGCCACAUCCUCGUAUUGCUUUUCGCACAUCCCAUGGUGUCCUACAGUUCUCUGAAGGUCACGAACAAAGUCUGGAUAUAAUUUUUUAUUUCUGA